CCGACACUUGCUCCUUUCUGCCUCCGCGUUCAGCAUCCCGCUUUCGGGACCGGGUCUCGGAGGAGAGGGGUGCAGCGGAGAGCGGCCCCGGCGGGUGCGGGAGGACCGGUGGCGGCUGUGCCCCGAGGCUCACGCAGCCCCAUGGUAACGGGGAUGGCUGCGAAGUUGUCAGCAAGUAACAUCUUCCCUGCGGCUCUGCCGCCCCCGGAAGGCGGGCUGCGGGGGCGGGCGAGGCGGGCCCCCUUCGCCUGGAUAUAAAAGCAGCCGGGUCCCAGCAGUGCCUGCGUCUUGCUAGCACGAUGCGCGCUGCUCAGUGGCUGGGACUAGGGCUGCUACUGCUCUGGCUCUGCCACCCUGCCGAGCCCUGGUACCGGCCAGCAGCCGGGCCUCGAUACUACUCAGUUGGCAGAGCCUCAGGACUGCUUUCUGGCCUCCGCCGCCCAUCCCCUGCCCGCCGAUCCAGCAUCGAGGAGCCCAGUCCCAGCGUGCUGCUGCCUGGCUCUGCCCGCCCGCCCGCUUGGCUCCGGUCUGCGGUGCUGUGCGUGACGGAUGUGGCCCCUGAGCCGUGGAGCUGCUGGCCGCUGCCUGGAGCCCCUGGCACUCUGCGGUGCAAGGCAGAUGUCACCGUGUCUUUGGACCCCAUGGAGUGUGCAGAUACCUGAGCCAGGACCAGUGUCUCUGUGGUGACAAUAAACAUGCUUAGGCUGGC